AUGGAGGAGAUCGUGGCCGCAGUGGACGGCCUAUCGUUCGACAUCGAGCGCGACCUCGAGGAGCAGAUCGGCGCCCUUCCCCUGCCCUUCGCGGGGAUGGACAAGUCGGGUGCGGCCACGUGUUUGUUUCACUUGCGCGGGUCGUGCGCGCGGGCAGCCAUGUGUCCGUACCGACACAUAAAGCCCGACCGGACAGUGGUGUGUAAGCAUUGGCUGCGAGGUCUGUGCAAAAAGGGAGAUCUCUGCGAAUUCCUGCACGAGUACGACAUGUCUAAGAUGCCAGAGUGCUACUUCUACAGCCGCUUCCACGCGUGCAGUAACAAGGAGUGUCCCUUCCUCCACAUCGACCCCGAGUCUAAGGUGCGAGACUGUCCCUGGUAUGACCGCGGCUUCUGCAGACACGGCCCCAACUGUCGCCACCGACACACCCGUCGCGUGGCGUGUCUUAACUACAUCUGCGGCUUCUGUGCCGACGGCCCCGACUGUAAGUACGUUCACAUGCGCUUCGAUCUGCCCAUCAGUUCGGAUCAGUUGACUCAGAAGAAGGGGGCCGUCGUGUGCCACUACUGCAACGAAUCGGGACACAAGAUAUAUCAGUGCCCCGCUAUGACUGCCGAACAACGCGAGGAAGCCAUUCAGCAUAAGCUGAACCAACUGCAGGAACAGCACCACAACCAACACCAGAAUCAACACCACAUGCCCUCCACAGCCAACCACAACGCCGUCCCAAUCAUCCAAAUGUCUUCAGUGGCCGUCAAUAGUAUUGCGGCUUACUUCUUGGCCAACUGCUCAAUGUUAUAG